AUGCCCAGCAGCAUCAAGAGGCUGUUUGCCUGCCUCGACGACCAUGACGCCCGCGCCUGCCCCCCGGCCUCCGCCCGAUCUGCACACGGCUCCGCUAAAAAGCCACGCCUGGCUGGCACAGCCAAGGCCCUCCGCAACCUCUCCCACACGCUCCGCCGCAACCCCGUCACGCCCACCCGCAGCUUCAAGGGCCCAACCGACCACGCUCCCCCAGUCCAGCCCCAGCGGACCCAGCGGACCCAGCGGACCCCCGACGCUGAUCCCGCCCGCCCCAACGCCCGCUGGGGCCCCGUCCUCGCCAUCCCGGACGACGCGCUGGUCAGCCUGGUGCAGCUGUUCACCUUCUCGACCCUGAGCAAGUCCGCCACCCACAUCGCCGUGCUCGCCCGCACCCACGGCCGGAACAAUGCCGUCUACACCCUCGAGUACAGCUGCCCCGCCCCAACCAGAGUCUGCGUGCGCAUCCCCGCCUGCGGCUGGGGCGACCGCUGGCUGCCCUCGGACCAGGAUGCCCUGCGCAAUGCCGCCCUCACCAUGCGCUACCUCCGCAACCGCACCCGUCUGCCCGUGCCCGAUGUUCUGCAGUACGAUACCACCUUCAACAACGCCCUCGGCGCUCCCUACAUCCUGAUGUCGUGCGUCGAGGGACGUCCGCUGCCCGACGUCUGGUACGACACCACAACCACCACCCUCACUCUCGAGGAAAAACGCCAAAACGCCCUUCGCUCCCUCGCCACUGCCAUCGCCUCACUCCGUUCGCUCACCUUUCCCCAAAUGGGCCCACUCCUCUUCCACCCCGGCAACGGCGACGACCCGGACCAACAUCCCUACGUUGACGCCGCUAUCAUGGCCCCCUUCGGCCGCGAUCCAGUAUGCAGUCCUGUGCGGCCAAGCAACGAGAAAAAAGAAGAGGAGGGAGUCAGAUUCGACCCGCACGACGAGCACCUCUCCACUCCCGAACACGACUCCCGCGCCUAUUUUUUCAGCUGCCUAGAUGCAGCCCGUACGUACGCCAUAUCGCGCGAGCGCACGGCCGAGGUGCGCGGUGUCUUCAAGAUGUGGCGGUUGCUGAUGGAGGAGAUGCCUUGGCCGGGGUAUUACUCCUCCCCCUCCACUUCCUCCUCCCCCAGCAACAAGAACAACAACAGCCGCACCAACACCACCACCACCGCUAGCAGCAGCACCGCCGUCACCACCGCCCUCGGCGAAGUCGGAGAGUACGACAACCAGCAACAAGAAAAAGAAGAGGAAAAAGAAGAGGAAAAAGAAGAGGAAAAAGAAGAAGACGAAGAUGCCGGCAUCAACGGCGAGACCUUCGUCCUCGCGCCCCCGGCCGACUUCGACGCCGCCAACAUCCUCGUCGACCCGCGCACCGGGGCCGUCGCCGGCGUCGUCGACUGGGACCUGCUCGAGACGCAGCCGCUCAUGCUCGGCUGGCCGGCGUGCCCGGACCUGCUCGCCGUCGACUGGACGCGCGGCGUGACGUGGCCAAGGCGACCGCCCUUUUCGCCGAGGACGUCCAUGACGACGGCGGCGACGGCGACGGCGACGGCCAGGCCGAUGGCGACGAUGAUGGAGGAAUGCAUGUUGGAGGAGGGGAGGGGGUGGGAUGGCUAUCGGGGCGAUUACGUGGCGUAUCUGAGGCAGGCGGCGGGCCAUGGGGGGCUGGAUGGGCUGUGCGACUUGUAUGCGAGGAAGGGGCAUUUGUACCAGGCGGUUCUGCGGAGCCUGGACGAUCUGGACCGCAUGAGGGAGGUGCUGGAUCGCGUGUUGGAGGUGGCGCUGCCGAGGGUGAAGCGGGCGGAGCUGGUCACGCUGGUGGGGGAGGCGGGCUUGAGUGUGGAGCAGGAGAGGUUUGUCAGGGCGAGGUUUAGGGACUUGUUGAUGUGA